AAAAGCCGUCUUGACAGCCCUCCUUAAACCGGCAUCAUCUCUCUUCCCUUCUCAACGUUUUCUCGUGAAAAUCAGAUCUCAUUUGCAAAGAAUACAAGAGAAGAAUGCAAGGUGGUGGUGGUGGUGGAAGAGCUUCUUCAGGUAGCUCAAACAACGGGUCGAUGUCGACGGUUUCGAAGGCGGAGGUGAUAGAACAGGAUUACGUUGGCUUGUCUGAGGUGUCUUCUUCCUACCAAACGAACAAACGCACGCAGCAGGAGGUUGAGGUUGAGGAGGAAGACGACCAUGGAACCGAGCUUGAGCUAGGGCUUGGGCUCGGCCUCGGGCUUGGGGCGAAGGUUAAGCCGUGCGCAUGGGGGGAUUACUGUAGGAUCCUCACUGCCAAGGAUUUCCCUUCUUCCAUGGCUUCUCCUAGGGUUUCUGUUGCUGGUACGAAGAGAGCUGCUGACUCCGUUGCUCAGGAACUCGGAUCUAAUGCGCCCUGCAGUCAGGUAGUGGGAUGGCCACCCAUAAGGGCGUACAGGAUGAACAGCUUGGUGAGCCAGGCAAAGGCUUCUGCUGAAGAGAAUGGCACAGAUGCCACCUCCAAUCCUAAUGCUAAGAAGAGUCUUAUUAAGACUAAUCAUCCACCUAAUAAGAUUAUUGAUAUUAAUAAGAAAAGUAAUGGUAAGAAAGAGAAAGGUAAUGGAAAAUCUCAGUUUGUGAAGGUGAAUAUGGAUGGAGUGCCUAUUGGUAGGAAGGUGGAUUUGAAUGCCCACGUCUCCUAUCAGACUCUGGCCCAAGCUUUGGAAGACAUGUUCCACACACCCACCUCCAUUAGACCCAACGCAUCUCAAGAAGUCGAAGCCAUGGAGGAAGCGACAAAGUGCUCAAAGCUGUUGGAUGGCUCUUCUGAGUUUGUGCUCACAUAUGAAGAUAGGGAGGGGGAUUGGAUGCUUGUAGGAGACGUUCCUUGGGGAAUGUUUUUGAACACCGCGAAGAGGCUGAGAAUCAUGAGAACAUCUGACGCUAAUGGACUUGCUCCAAGGUUUCAAGAAAAAGGUGAGAGGCAAAGAAGCAAGCCUAUCUAACCAACUCAGAGCAGGUAAACAGCAUCAAAGUGAAUUAGGUGAAAGAAAGAAAGAAAGAAAAAAGGGAAAAGAAAGUGGGUUUGAUUGAGAUCAAAGCAUUCUGCUAAGUACUACCCAUUUGUUUGCAUUUUGUUCUUUUUAUUUUUGCUCAUUUUGGGAAUUCCAGCUUUUUGGGUCGCUCGUGCCAUAUGAUAUACGGCUUCUUCCAUCUCACCCGACGUUUCUUGGUGUAAUAUAUGAUAUAAUGACUCGCGGAAUGCAUCACACUCAUACUGUAAAUAAACAUGGGAGUCUGUUGAUUGCUAGGGUUUUCAGGAUGCAAGAGAGUGAAACUUUGGUUUCUGCUUUGUGA